CACUACAGGAAGUGUCCGUUUAGUUAACGGCUGCUGUGAGCUGAUGAAAAGAAUCCAAGCUGCGACGUGAAUAAAAUCGUGUUGCCUUUGUGGAAAACACCGCAUUGCUUCUUUUGAAGACCCUCCACGGCCGUGAGGAAGGUGUAAAUAAAUCGGAGGGAGUCAUAGCAACCCUAUGAGCUGUGAAGGAAAAGCUGUGUCAUACAGGGCUUUGUUUUGUGCUUAGAGUCAAGCUGCUACCGGUGAAGACGUUGAGCUCUGCAGAUACGGCAUCUCUUGAGCUUCUGAUUUGAAGAGUCCACCAUGCCAAAGGAGUCAGACCGCUUUGAGGACGGAGGAGACAAGGCGGAUGUAUCUGAGGAGACUGAGAGGAAGACGGCCAGGGCCAACAGGCUGAGCCCCCACAGAGGGAACACUCCACAAGCCAGCCCACCCAGGCUUGUUUCUGUGGAGGAGCUGAUGGAGACUGCUAAAGGGGUAACCAACAUGGCUUUAGCUCAUGAAAUCAUGGUCAACCAGGACUUGCAAGUCAAGCCCACAGAGCUUCCUGAAGGAAGUUUGGAACACAGAGUGAAGGAGAUCAUGCACAAAGCGUUUUGGGACUGUUUGGAGACUCAGCUGAAGGAGGAUCCACCGUCAUACGAACAUGCCAUCAAACUUCUGGGAGAGAUCAAAGAGACGCUCCUGUCCUUUUUGCUGCCGGGCCACGGACGCCUGCGAUCCCGUAUUGAAGAGGUUCUGGAUCUGCCACUAAUCCAGCAGCAGGCUGAAAAUGGAGCUCUCAAUAUCAGCCAGCUGUCCCAGUUUGUCGUUGAGAUGAUGGGUUCUCUGUGCGCCCCUUGCAGAGACAAGGACAUCAAGAAACUGAAGCAGAUCACUGAGAUUGUGCCUCUGCUAAAGGCCAUUUUCUCUGUGCUGUACCUGAUGAAGGUGGACAUGGCUAACUUUGCACUGAACAGCAUCAAGCCACAUCUCAUGCAGCAGUCGGUUGAGUAUGAGAGGAACAAGUUUCAGGAGUUUCUGGAGAAACAUCCAAAUCCCUUAGACUACACAGAGAAGUGGCUUGAGGAAACAGUGAAAUCGCUGAGAGAAACAGACGGUUGUGCUGCUGCCUCCAGUGACCCCCCUUCCCUCCUCCCUCUAAAUGUUCAUAAUCACGCAUAUUUUCGCCUGCUCAAGUGGGACCAUGCUUUGAACCCUUUCCCAGAGACGGUGCUGAUGGAUCAAGUUCGGUUUUUAGAGAUGCAGCAGGAGGCAGAGCGUUUAGUUCUUCUCUCCUCUGUGCUUCUUAUUGUUUACACUACCACAGGAGAAGCCAUCUCUGGCCUGCCAGGACUGAUGGAGACUCUCAAAAACACUGUCGGAGUCAUGCUUGCAGAAAUGCAUAUACCGUCAUUUAGUAUGCAGGAGGCCUUAGCAACCAUCGGGGAGAAACUGUGUGUUGAGUUGAGUCACUGUUUAAGCCAGCAUGGCUUCUCAUCCUUCUCAGCUGAACGUCAGACCAUUCUGAAGGGGCAGAUCUCAGCCAUUAUCCAGCCAGACAACACAGUCCAUAAGCUGAUGGACUCCAGGAUUCAGAGCUACCUCCUGGCUGCCCUGGAGUCCAGUCAACACAAGACGCCUCCUUCUCUCCCUGGAGGCCUUGCUCCAGUCAGCAGGGAACUGAAAGAGCUCUCGGUCCGCUUUAGUCGCCUGGUCAACUACAACAAGCUGGUCUUCUCUCCGUUCUACCAGAAGAUCCUCCAGAAUUUACUGACACCUGGGGAGAGCCCCAGCACAGAGAUAUCAACCCCAUAAGAUAUGGAGUAACAUCAGAUUGCUCUCUAGUUCCUCUAUUUUCCCUCAUUAGCAACGGUUUGGAUGUAGAGAAAAGAGUUAAAGAGGCUGAUCUAUAAUUUGGGAGAAAAGCCAGCCCUGCAGAGCAUGCACCUUAAACUGACUUGAUCAAAUCAACUACCAUUUCGCUUACUAACAAAGUAUUGUUUCUUCAUUAAAUGUCAGACCUUAUAAGUGUCACUUUUAAAAUACUAAUGUUUGCAAUAAUCUACUGAGUAUUGCUGUGAGGGAUGGAUAACUAAACUGUAUGUACUGUAGUUGCCAUAAUUCACCGAGCAUGGUAUGAAAUGUAGUCGUGCAAAAGUAUUCAUGUCUCUUGAACCUUUCCACAUUUUGUCAAAUUAUAACCACACAGUUUGGUGCAAUUUAUUGGGAUUUUCUGUGGAAGACAAAGUGCAAGGACAAGGAAACUUGGUAUUACGUUUUUAAACAAAUAUAUGAAAAGUGUGGCAUGCAUAUGUAUUCAUACCAAUAUGAACCAAGGCUAUGUAGAACCACCUUUCUAGAGGCUGAAAGUUAUCUGCUAAUUCUUUGCAAAUUGGCUCAAGCUCAGUCAGAUUGAAUGGAGAGCAUUUGUUAACAUCAAUUUAAAAAUUUUGCUGGAAAUUUUGCUGGAUCUCUAGUCUGGACUUUGACUAGACCAUUCAGUAACAUUAUGCAUUGACCGAAACCAUUCCAUUGUAGCUGUGGCUAUAUGUUUAAGGAUUGUUGUCCUGCUGGAAGGUGAAGCUCUAUCCGACUCUCGAGUCAUUGAAUCUUGCAGCUUUAAACAAGUUUUCUUCCAAUACUGCCCUGUAUGUAGUUUCAUCCAUCUUUCUCAUCAACUCUGAUCAGCUUCCUUGUCUUUGCGGAAGAACAGCAUUCCCUCAGCAUGAUGCUUCCAGCACCAUGUUUCACUGUGCUUUGCAUGUAGGGCAAAAAGUUUCAAUUCCACAUGUUGACUGUGUUUCUAACAUGGCUUGGGGCAAAUGUUAAAUGGGACUUUUUAUGGCUUUUGCAGCAAUGGCUUUCUUCUUGCCACUCUUCCAUGAAGGUCUGGUUUGUGGGUUCUCUGUUUGAAUCUCUGUAGCUCCUCCAGAGUUACCGUUGUUGGCUUUGUUGUUUCUAUGAUUAACACUCUUCUUGCCUAGCCUGUAAGUUUAAGGGGAUGGUUAUGUCAUGGUAGGUUUGCAGUUGUGCAACCCUCCUUCCAUUUUCAGAUGAUAGAUAGAUUAGUGCUUUCUGUAGAUGUUGCUUUAUAGCCAAACUCUACUUUAACAAGUUUAUCCCUUACCUGUCUGCUGUGUUCCUGGGUCUUCAUGAUGCAGUUGCUGAUGUUUUCUGACAAACCACUGUGGCUUGCACAGAACAGCUGGAUUAGUACAGACAAUACACCCCUUUGGACACUAUUUAUUAAUUAGGUGAUUUUUAAAGGCAGUUGUAUGUACUGGAUUUUAUUAAGGGGAAUUAGAGUAAAUGGUACUGAAGAUAAAUCUUCACCACAUGGUUCAGACUGUUAUUUGUAAGAAAUUUUAAAAAAAAAUAUUAUUUCCCUUGCACUUCACAACCAUUUACCUAUUUUGUUUUGGUCUAUCAGAAAAGAAAUCUUAAUAAAAUAUAAUGACAUCAGGUUUUGUACUGCUCCUUGUACCCUGAAUUAAUUUAUUCAAGCCUUGAAUAUCAAUAAAUAUAACAGUGAUGUCAGAGCUGCAGUGAUCCAUUAAGCUAACCAUAAGCCUAGAAAACUUUAAAAUUAUCUUUUAAAGAAAUAGAAAUUUUGUAGGUAAUCUUACAUGUAGUUAUUUGGGCAGUCUGGAGGUCGAAAGGCUCGCCUCAAGAUCUCCAAGUGCAGAUAGUAUAAUAAUCUGAAAACAUUAAGGGUGGAUGUGAGCCUUUAGUUAUCUCAGUUUAUUCAGAGAACAAGUUUUAAUAUUUGAAAUGAUAUCAGAGGAAAGAAUAAGCAAAUGGAUAUACAGUGUCUUACAAAGUAAUUCACAUAUGCAUCUACCUCCUUUGCUGUGAAGCCCCUAAAACGUUCUGGUGCAACCAGUAAACUUCACAAGUCACAUAAUUAAUGAAAUUAAGUCCACCUGUGUGCAAUCUAAGUGUCACAUGAUCUGUCAAUAUCAACACACCUUUUCUGAAAGGUCCCACGGGCUGCGGCACCACUAAGUAAGAGGCAUCACAUCACGAAGACCAAGAAGCUCUCCAAACAAGUUAGCGACAAAGUUGUUGAGAAGUACAAGUCAGGAUGGGGUUAUGAGUAAUUAUUCAGAUCUUUGAUGUUCCCCUGGAGCACCAUCUUAUCCAUCAUUAAUCAGACAGGCCUCACAGAGACCAAAUUUAACUCUGAAGGAGUUGCAGAGUUCAACAGUAGAGACUGGAGUAUCUGUCCCUAGGACCACAAUAGGCAGCACACUCCAUAGAGCUGUGCUUUAUGGAAGAGUGGCCAGAAAAAAACCCAUUACAUAGUGUUAAAAAUAAGGCACAUUUUGAGUUUGCCAAAAGACGUGGACGACUCCCCAGAUGUAUAGAGAAAGCUGCUCUAGUCAAAUGAGACAAGAAUUUUACAUUUGGCCACAAAGGAAAGUGCUAUGUCUAGCAAAAAUCCAAUACAUCCUAUUACCCCAUGAACAUUAUGAUGUUUUUCAGCAGUAGAGACUGGGAAACUGAUCCAAGUCGAGGGAAUGAUGGAUGAUGCUCAAUACAAGGAUAUUGUUGAGCGAAACCUCUGUCGGUCUGCAUGUGAUUUGGGACUGGGACAGAGGUUAACGCAAAUCAUAGUGCGAAAACAACACUCGAGUGAUUUAAGGGAAAACAUUGUGUUGGAAUGGCCUAGUCAAAGUGAAGACCUUAAUCCAAUUGAGAAUCUGUGGUUAGACUUAAAGAUCGCUGUUAACCAGCAAAAACCAUAAAUAAAAUGAAGGGGCUGGAGCCGUUUUGGCCCGAGGAAUGGGCAAGGAUCCCAGUGACAAGAUCAUAGAGACUUAUCCAAAGAGACUUGCAGGUGUUAUUGCUGCAAAAGGUGGCUCUGCAAAGUACUGACUUUAUGAGGGGCGAACAGUUAUGCAUACUGAAGUUUUCUGUUACUUUCUCAUAGUUGUUUGCUUCACAAUAAUAAAAAAAUAAAUAAAUCUUCAA